AUGGGUUGCCAAUGUGGUCGAGUUGCUCCAAUAAUAGAACAAAUUCCAGUCUCAGAUCCGACACCUGAUAAUAUUCAUGAACCAACAAAACAACAAAUAAAAAACUCAAAUGAUUCUGAAAGAAAAAGCAAUGAGAAAAAUCAUACAAAUUCUUUAACUAAUGAAUAUAUUCCAAACGUUGAUGAUAAUCAACAAUCAGUGAAUCCUCUCGUCACUACACAAAAAACUCCUAUCAUUGAUACUUUAGAAAACGAUAAUGAUUUUGUUGAAAUUAAAGUUGAUGAUCCGCAAGCAUUCAAUAAAUCAUUUAUUAAACAACGUCAACAAGCGAUUAACAAUCAAUCUUAUCGUUUAACUAUUCAAUCAUGGCGUCCAAAUUCACUUACACAAUUAGUUAAUGCUGUGGAAUCUUUAUCAGAAAAUAAAUCAUUAAUAGAUUGUCAUUGGAUUAUUUUCUAUUGGGUUGCGUAUAAUAUUGAAUACGAUACUAUGGCCUAUUUUAGCAAAAAUUAUACAGAUCAAACAGCUGAAGGUGUAUUUCGAACGAAGAAAGGUGUUUGUGCUGGUUAUGCAAAUAUAUAUAAAUAUCUAUGUAAUCAAUUGAAUCUACCAUGUGAAAAAGUUAGUGGCUAUUCGAAAGGUUAUGGAUUUGAUGAACGUGAAGGUGCACCUAAUGAGACAGAUCAUGCAUGGAAUGCUGUUGAAAUUGAUCAUCAUUGGUAUUUAAUUGAAUCAACAUGGGGUGCUGGACAUCUUACAGAACAAAAAACUUUUCAACGUGAAUUAAACUCCUAUUAUUUUUUUGCUCGUCCCAAUGAAAUGAUUUAUCAUCAUUUACCUGAAAAUGAAAAAUGGCAAUUAUUACGAAAACCGAUUAAAAUGAAACAAUAUUUACAAAUGCCGAAAAUUCAUCCUAUUUACUUUGAAUUGAAUCUUGAUUUGAUUAGUCCACGUCAUCAAGCUAAUGUUGAUCUUGUUCCAGAAAAAUCAUAUGCAUUAGUUCUUAUACGAGCACCAUCUGAUGUUCAACUUAUAGCAGAUUUAAAGUUGCAUAAUCAAGAAGUUGAAGGUGGUCAUCGUGUUCAAUUUAAUCACAGUAAACAAAUGCAUUAUUGUUAUUUUGCUCCGAAUACUAUAGGGAAAUAUAAAAUUACCAUUUAUGGAAAACAAGGUGACAAAGAAGUUAAAUUUAAGGGAGCAAUUGAAUUAACUCUUGAUGUUAAUAAAAUACCAAAAAAUCCAAUCAGUUUUCCCAAAACAUGGCCGAUAUUUUUUGAUUUGAAUCUAAAUGUAAUUUCACCGAAAAAUACACAUUUGAUUAAAGUACAUAACGGAAAAACACAUACGGAAGUUCAAAUUCGAACACCUAACAAUGUUGAAUUACUUGGACGACUUGUUGAUAUUCAUCAAGAAAUCAUACAAGGUGGAGAUCAAGUAUUUUAUGAUCGACAUAAAAAUCUAUGGCAAUGCAAAUUUGCACCAAAUCAUAAUGGGAUGUUCAAUGCUGAAAUUAUGGCUAAGAAAAAAUCAGAUACUGGUCAUUACACAUCUGCUAUAUCAUUUAAAAUUGAAGCUAAAAAUAUUCCGACUCCGCCACUGUCUUAUCCAAAAACAUGGCCGCUCUUCUAUGAGCUUGAUCUUAAGAUAGAAUCACCACAAAAUCGUGCUACUGUUGUAUGGCCUGAGAAUGCAUCUUUUACUGAAAUUCGUAUGUCGGCACCUACUGAUGUUGAAUUUUCAUGUGGUACUAAAUUGAAUGACAACCAAGAGGAAAACUGCGCAUUAGCACAAUUCGAUAAUGACAAACAACAAUGGCAAUUUUUGUUCGCACCUCAACGUACGGGUCUUCAUAAACUCAUUAUUUAUGCUCGACGUCAAUCUGAUUCUAAAACAUCGUAUGGUGCAGUUGUACAGUUCGAUCUCACCGUUACAAAACUUCGAAAACCAAUUCAAUUUCCUCUAACAUACACGAAAUUUCAAACUAAUAAAUGUCGAAUUUAUAAACCACUUCAUGGCGUACUUAAGAAAAAUGCUAUUGUGCCAAUUCAUUGUUUUAUUCCUGGAGCAACGAAUGUUGACUUACAAGUUGACUCCAAAUGGAUUAAGACUAAAGGAUAUGAAGAUCCUAUUUUAAAAGCAGAGAUAACAGUUGGUUCAAAAGAUGUAGCUAUCUAUGCUAAAUAUGGCCAAAACACAAGCUAUGAUGGACUCGUUCGAUAUUCUGUUGAGUAA